AUGGAGAAAGGCGUGGGCGUCUGGCUACGUGACCAGGAGACGGACGAGUGGCAUCGUGCUACGGUCGUCCGACUCGAGGAGCCACAGAAUGAUUCAGACGCGCGCGCGGUGACGCUGCGCGUGAGCGAAGGACCGCACGCUAAGACGGACAGGACGAUGGCGAUUGAUGUGCAGGCGCUCGAGAACGAGGAGGUCGAUGGCGUGCUGCUUGCGAACAGCAGCGACAUGGACGUUGUGGAAGAUUUGAUUCAAUUGCCGCACCUUCAUGAGCCCGGCAUUUGUCACACGCUGAGCGAGCGCUUCAAGAUCAAUGAGAUUUACACACUCACGGGCGAGAUUUUGCUAGCGAUCAACCCGUUCCAACCUCUCGGCAUCUAUACGGACAAGAUCACGCGCAAGUAUAUUCGCAAUGGAGACAAGCGCGUGCUUGGACAAGACGUGCCUGACAUGCCACCGCACGUCUACAGCAUUGCGGACAAGGCCUACCGCUCACUGAUGAGUCCGAUCGGACACGGCGCGCGUGGAUCUGCUGUGAAUCAGUCGAUUCUUGUCAGCGGAGAGAGUGGAGCUGGGAAGACGGAGACCACCAAGUUUGUGAUGAACUACCUCGCAACGAUCUCGCAACACAAGAACACGUCUGCAGAAAGCGGUGUUAUGAAGCAGGUCCUGUCGUCGAACCCGAUUUUGGAAUCGUUUGGUAACGCGCGAACUAUUCGCAAUGACAAUAGCAGUCGUUUUGGAAAGUUCAUCAAGAUGGAGUUUUCAGCGGAGGGUAGUCUUAUCGGCGCUUCGAUCCAGACGUACCUGCUCGAGAAAGUGCGUCUUGCCUAUCAAGCCGAGUCGGAACGGAAUUACCACAUUUUUUAUGAGAUUGUUGCUGGUGCUACUGCAGAGGAGAAGAAGCGAUGGAAUUUGAAAGCAUUGAAUACGUUUCACUACUUGAACCAAAGCACAUGCGUCAAGCGAAAGGAUGGUGUAAACGAUGCGGAGCAGUUUAUAGUGUUGAAAACUGCCAUGCAGACGAUGGGUUUCAAUGAGGACGAUAUGGAGAGCAUCUUCGUCACUAUUUCAGCCCUGUUGCACAUUGGUAACUUGGACUUUGACGAGAUCCACCAAGCGUCCGGUACGGAAGGCUCGGAGAUUUCUAGCACGUGCAACGACUCAAUGAAGGUGGUACUCGACUAUUUGGAGACCGACAAGCAGGGUCUGGAGCAGGCUAUAUGCAAUCGCAAUAUUCAAACAAAAGACGAGCAUUACUCGAUUGGUUUGCUGCCGAGUGCUGCUGAGAACGUUCGUGAUGCGCUUGCUCGUUUCUUGUACGGAAAGUUGUUCGAUUGGUUGGUCUGCCGUAUCAACGAUAUCGUGGAAAACGACACCCGCGGCGUCCCGUUUAUCGGUCUUUUGGAUAUUUUCGGGUUCGAAGACUUGGAGCACAACUCGUUUGAGCAGCUGUGUAUUAACUAUGCCAACGAGACUUUGCAGCAGCACUUUAAUUUGACUGUGCUCCGAAUGGAGCAGGAGACGUACGAGAAGGAGGAGAUUCAGUGGAGCUUUAUCAAUUUCCCCGACAACGGUCCAUGCAUUGACCUGAUUCAGAGUAAACCGUUUGGCAUUCUUCCAGCUCUUGAUGAAGAGUGUAUUGUUCCGCAGGGUAACGAUCAGAACUUUUCACGGAAGCUGUAUCGCCAACACGGUGUGAAUCCGCACUUUAGUGCAAGCAAGACUGAAAUGGCCAACCAUUUGUUUGUCGUUCACCAUUACGCAGGGGCAGUCACGUAUGAUACGUUUGGAUUUUGCGAGAAGAACAAAGACAUUUUGUACCCUGAGAUUACCGCUAUUAUUGAGCGAUCAUCCAAGCCGUUCGUGCGUGGGCUCUUGAAGGCUUCUAUGGAAAGUAAGGUAUCGGUCCGGAAGCCAAAAGGUAGAGCCUCGAGCAAUGCAACCCGCGUGAGUUUGGGGUCACAGUUUCGAAAUCAGCUGAAGACGCUGCUGGAGACAAUUAAUGUCACUGACUGCCAUUAUGUGCGCUGUCUGAAGCCAAACGAUAAGGCAGAAGCCAACUUGUUGGUACCGAAGCGAGUGUGUGACCAAUUGAAGGCUGGCGGUGUGCUAGAAGCUGUCCGUGUCAACCGUGCUGGCUACCCUGUCCGUAUUGCCCACCAGCAGUUCAUCAAGCGUUACCGUCCUCUGGCAAAUGGCGAAUAUUUACAACGCAUUCCAGCGGAAUCAGGUGAAGAUUUUUUUGAUAUCGAUGAGCAGAAGAAGGCCGCAAGUCUGUUGGUGGAAUUUUUGGUGAAGGCUCAUGCAGAACGGUACCCAGAGCUAUUAGGAGCAGCGUCGGAAAACAAACAGGAGACGGCUGUAAACGGCAUACAAGUUGGUCUUACUCGUGUGUUCUUCCGCCGUUCAGCUAUCCAAUUUGUGGAGGCUCAAUUGGCCAAACGCUAUGGUGAGUUUGUGGUGCUUAUUCAGGCUGCUGUCCGCGGUCUGAUCGCCCGUCGCCACUAUGCUCGUAUGCGGGUAUCGGCUGUGGUCGUGCAAAAGGUGAUUCGUGGAUUUAACACGCGUUGCCGGUUCUACGUGCUACGAGAAAACCAUCGUAAGAAACAGGCUGAGAUAUUACGUCAGAAGGUGCUUGCAGAGAAGAAGCAGCGCGACGAGGAACGGCGGGCUAGUGAAGAACAGCGUUUGGUGGACGAAAAUCGCAAGGCUGCUGAGCUGGAGGAGCAAAAUCGUCUCACUGCUCAAUCUGCGUCAUCCGACCCAGUGUCGGAUGAUUCUUCGGAAGGAGACCGGGGUUCAUCUAUGAAACUCCCCAAUUUUUCCGGAGGCUCGAACGAGGAAGUUGGCAAUCGGGCAGUAUCUCGUUUUCGUUUUACUAAGGAUUAUACUGACGACGACCAGCCUAUGCCAAGCACGUCCCGUCAAGUUGCGAUGGACCCGGGCGAUACAGUGUUGCACGUGGCUGCUAAUUGCUGUAAUGAGCAAGAUGUGCUGAAGCUACUCCAGAAUGGUUCCGACAUUAACGCUUGCAAUCGUCGAGGCCGUACUCCGCUACACACUGCAUCCCUUUAUCAGAACAUUGAGGUUGUUGGCAUCCUUCUUGACUGGGGAGCCGAUUAUAUCGUACAGGAUGACGAUGGCAACACGCCUUUGCAUUUGACCAAGGAGCCUCGUAUAGCUCGAAUGCUGCUGGAAGCCGGUUGUACACCCAACAUUGUGAACGCUGAUGGCCGAACUGCUUUGAUUGAUGCUGUGGACCGUGGUGACGCCAAGACUGUAAAAUUGCUGCUGCACUUUAGGGCGGACGUGUUGUUCCGCGAGCUGAAGCAUCACCAGACAGCACUACACUUGGCUGUACGAAAGGGUCACUACCAAAUCGUGAUGGAAUUAUGCAAGUCCGAUGAGAUCCAGAAUUUGAUUCUUUUGACGGAUCGCAAUGACAACAAUGCACUUCAUUUUGCCGUCUCUCGCGAUCGUAAGAAUGGGUACCGCCUCGUCGAUUACUUGAUUAAACAUGGCGGUGAAGUCGACAAGGUGAAUGCCCGGUUCCAGACUCCGUUGGUCGUACACAUUAUGACGACUCGUCAAACUGACCCGGCUAUCACGGAACUAUUUCUCGUUCGAGGAGCUGACGCAAACGUCCAGUUGGCCGAUGGCUCCACGCUCUUGCACGUUGCCGUGGAGCGGGAGUUGAUUGACAUUGCCUGUGUGCUAAUUAAGUACGGUGGAUCGCUGAAUGUGCCUGACGCCAAGGGGCGGAUGGUCGUUGAGGUGGCGAACAAAAAGUAUUUGAAGAAACUAUUUAGUGCGAUCACCCAGCCUCCCACGUGGAUUGAUGAGAAGGAGCGUCGCUCGUGCAUGCUGUGUGGAUCGAACUUCAAGUUUGGCAGUCGCCGUCACCACUGUCGGCACUGCGGACGGGUGUGCUGCUCGGACUGUUCAGCAUUCACUGUGGAAAUGCAUCGGUUUCCGAAGGACUUUCCUGGGCGCAUGACGAGCGGUGGCAAGCAGGUAAAGGAUCCACAGCGCGUGUGUCGUACUUGUCAUGCCGUGUUUAAGAUGCGAAGUGCUCAGAAGGAGUCGAAAUCAGGCUUCAUGGCGCGCGUGCUCGGGUAUGAGUGGGAUGAGGUGACUGCAACGAGUUGA